GAGAACUUUAAUAUCGUUAUGCCCAGUGAACGCCAAAUUUUGGAAGCUUACAAAGAAAAACUGAUCGAGGAAGCAGAAAAAUUGGUUUUAGAAGAAUUUCCAAAGAAGGUUAUAGAAUUUAACGCUUUACUUGAGAAUGGUCAGUUCUCUUAUGAUCGUACUCCUGUUUAUGGUUUUAUUAAUGGAGUUGUUAAAUGCAACGAAAAACUUGCUGAAUUGACUGAUAUCACUCGUCCUAUGUUGCGCGACGCUGUUGAAGUUGUCAAUAAGGUGAAAAUAUGGAUCUUGUUUUUGAUACCAAGGAUAGAAGAUGGGAAUAAUUUUGGAGUGUCAAUACAAGAAGAGGCGCUUAGUGAAGUUCGUACCGUUGAGGGAGAAGCUGCAUCUUUUCUUGACCAAAUGUCUCGGUAUUUUGUAAGCAGGGCACGUUUGGUAACGAAGAUAGCUAAAUAUCCACAUGUUGAAGAUUAUCGUAGGGCUAUCCUCGACAUGGAUGAGAAGCAGUUUAUCAACAUACGACUUGUACUUAUGGAGAUGCGUAAUCAUUUUGCUACGUUACAUGACAUGAUAACAAAGAAUUAUGAGAAGAUCAAGACUCCGAGGAGCAACAAUACAGAGCACAUGUACUAA